AUGUCGGGAUCCGAGCCACUCCCGGGAACUCACAUAUGCGACUUCUGUUUCAAGAGCUACCAAAGACGUGCGUUUUCGUCAUCUAUCCAAUCUCCCCAUCCCCUAUCACGCAUCCCGUUGCAAAAUCUGACCUGCUUGGUAUCAGGUGAUCUUCUUUUGCGCCAUCGACGACGGUGUCUGCGAUCAGACAAGCCCACAACGCGCCGUAAAGCAUGUAAUGCCUGCGUGCAGGCCAAAGCUAAAUGCUGCUACACGCAACCAACCUGCUCGCGCUGUGCGAAACGAAAUAUCAUCUGUAAAUACGCCUCGAUGCCGCAGAGAGCAGCUCGGGUAACGCCACCCUUCUCCUCCAACGCGACUUCUGCUUCUAUCCCGGCAUCUUCGUCUUCGUUUGAAGACCCUUCGCCUCUCGAUAAGCAUGACGUUCGUACGACCAAUCUGGCCUUGCUAUGGAGCCGUCAGAGCUCGCUAGGUGAUCCAGAUGCCGAUCCUACAGUCUCAUGGACCUCUCGGAAUUUUCCUUGGAACAUGGAUACGAUCAAUCUCGCCUCAGUAGUUUCCCCACCGGCCGACCUAGUCCACGAUAUGACCCCAGACCCAGCACCAGCGAUCACUACUCGACCACAGAGUGUGUACUUUCCGGAGCUUUCAUCAGCUUCGCAACAGUCAUACCCUAUGCUGGAUGAGGAGAUCCCCGCAUUGGCUGUUUCAAAUACCCUCAAUCAGUCGAAGAUGGCCAGGAUAGACUCAUCGGGUGCUAACAACUCGCCUCGGGCGCUCUUAUCUACAGGAGACGUAUCUGGAGCGCGUCAAGCCGACUGCGCCCGCCUGCUGCAACAGUAUCCGAAAUUCCUGCUCCAGGAUGAUUUCUAUUGUCCAUUUCUGCACCGGACACUGUUCAGUGACAAUGUCCCAGACACGACAAUGCUUCCGCACACUUCCAUGGCCAUCUGCUGCGGGAGUGCUUUGGGGAACAAGGAAGGGGUGGGGUAUAUUAGGCGAGCUAUAGAUGCGCAACGACAAAGCCUGAUUGAGUCCUAUUCGAGCUAUCAUUGCUUGCAACAGUGGGACGCCCUCCAUGCGAUGCUUCUCUAUGAAAUACUCGAGAUGGGCACGGCGUCCAUCAAAGACACAGAGAGAUGGAAGCUGAAACGGCGGACGAGAGGGCUAAAGUCACCAUUCCUUUUAAAAAUGACGCAGUGUUUCUCGCGGUCUCAUCUUGACCCGAAGGGUCUCGGAAUUCUGCCCGAUACCCAAACUCAAGAUGACUGGUCCCAGUGGGCCGUCGCCGAGACUGCCCGCCGCACCAUGUUUCUCGCCAACAUCAUCAACUUCUUCAGCAAUCGCGAUCUCGAGUCUGGACACCAAUCACCCUAUUAUGAGCCCCUUAACGACGAGCUCGUGUUGAAGAUGCCCCUUCCCUGUCAGCACGCCGUGUGGAGUGCCCGCACCAGAGACGAGUGGUGUAAGGCCACCCAGAUGGCCAGAUCGGACGAUUUGACAGGUCCUUCGGGCCCCUUGACAGACGCUGAGGCUGCUUACGGUGCUCCUGAUUCUCAUGAUACCAGCCUUGCCACAGAUCCAGACAUCGCUGUCGACGAGCAGCUCCCAAAUUAUCACGAUUCACCCUCGCUCAGCUCGCUGUUUGCGGCUUUUACCAAGGAUCACCUGCGGGCCAAAGUCUCGGCGAAUGCAGGGUUUGCUGACUCCAAUGAACUGUGCUCAUUUGUCAUUCUCUGUGCGUUGGAGCAGUUCCCGUGA